CUGUAGUCCAGUUUUGUUUUUUUCGCUUAUCAAACUCUUCCGCGGCCACCGGACUGCGCCACGUGUUUUUUUCUGGAGCUUGGAACGAAGACUCCUUUCAACGUCAAAACAGGACCCGUGCCAUGUCCGGGUGGAGCGGAGGUGGUUGGAAUGGUGGUGGUUGGAAGGGCGGCGGUGGCGGUUGGAGCAAUGACAACUGGCGCGAUGGCGGUGGUGGUGGUGGCAACUGGCGCGAUGACAACAAAGGUGGUGGCGGUCGUAAAGGCGACCGUGGCAACAACGGCAAGGGGGGUGGUGGCGGCAAGGGGGGUGGUGGCAAGGCUGACAGUGGCCCCCCACCUGCUGCCCGAGGGCCGGGGGAAGCCUUGAAACCCGGUGAAAGUAUCCGAUUGAACACCAACGACUGUGAAUCUGGACUCAAAUUGAUGGGUGGUACUGGCAGUGGCACAAGAGAACGAGCUCAGAGAAAAGCAGAUAGUGGCACACAGUGGGCCGGCGUCCGGGCCGAUUGCGGCGUGGCGGCUGAAGGGCUCUGGGCCUUCUGCGUGUGGAACGAGACCGGUGGCAACCUGCGCAUCGGUUGGUCCAUGGAGAACUCCAAGUUGGCCCUGGGAACUGAUCGAUUCUCCUGGGGAUUUGGCGGCACUGCCACGAAGAGUCACGCGGGAAACUUCGAGAAGUUUGGUCAAACCUUCGGCAAGGAUGAUGCCAUCACCUGCUGUGUCGACCUGGAAAGAAGGGCCAUCCUCUACUUCAAAAAUGGCCGCGAGAUUCCGGGCGAUUGCUUCACGUUCGGCAAAGAGCUAUCAGGCGUGCCGUUGUUUCCCCAUGUCUACACCAAAGAGGCCACCUUCUCCAUCUCCUUCGAUGGAUCCGGUGGAGCUCCUCCAUUGUCUGGAGGCUUCAAGUGGAUCGCCGAGGCCCAGUUGGUGCCGCACCCCACGCGCAUCUCGGGCGCCGGGCCCAGCGUCACCGAACCCGCCGCCGAUGCCGGCGGCGACGCGGGGCCCAAGUUUGUGUUGACGCCCUACGGUUGGCGCACGGUGGAACAAGCCGGGGGACUCACCCAGGAAUGGCGAAGCUCGCUGGAUGCCUACGUGAGACACUUCACUUCCAGCUUGGAGUUGGAAUACGAAGCCGAAAGACAGGCGGUGCUCGAAAAGGUCCAGAAGAGAAGCACUCGGCAGCUGCAGGAUGAGGGCAUUGGCGUUGCCGGAUUGUCCGCUGAGUUUGAUGCCGUCUAUGGCCGUGUGACCCUGUGGCCCGAUGGCUGGCGCAUGCCAUACCUCUCGGAGAUCAAGUUCGGCCGCGCGGUUUUGCUCAGCACCGUGGACGGCGGCGUUGACCUCGAGGAUCCCAAGAAAACCAUCUCGGCGGAGGUCGAAAGUAUCCGCGACAACACCAUGAUUUUGAGCACCCCAUACGAGCGCCUGCCCUCCACCGGAGGAAAGGAUCUGUACCGUGUGGAUUUGGGUCCCAACAUCGUGGCCAACAAGCGCAUCGACCGCAUGCUGGACGAGCUCCAACGAUGUCUGGGUGUGGAUCAAGCAGCGAACCCACGGGAUUCCAUUCAGAAGUUGAACUACAACGCGAACCUCUGCGGCUUGCUGCUCCCCGGCGCCCCCUUGGCCGAUGCCUUGUACGCAGACAUCGGCGAGUCCAGUGCCAGCGCGGCGAAGUGGGACCCCAUGACGCGAGCUGCGCCCAAUCCCAAGGCGGACAUCAGCAGGGCUGCCAAGGACAGCUCUGGCUACUGCCAGCCACGGGUAUCUACAACUGCUACAACCGAGAAGGACAUUGGAGCAGAGAAGUACAGCGCUGUGAGUGAUAUUCAUAGCAGUAAGACCUUGAACGAAUCGCAGCAAAGUGCGUGCGACAUGGUGCUGGAACAGAGGAGGCGUUUCAGCUUGAUCCAGGGGCCUCCGGGCACGGGUAAAACCACCACGGCUGCAGCCAUCAUUUGCGGUUGGCUGAAGAGCAACCGGGGCCCCGUGUUGGCGUCUGCCUUCAGCAACAAGGGAUGUGACAACAUCGCGCAACAGCUGCAUGGAUUCGGAGUUCGCGUGCUGCGAAUGGGUCUAUGCUCGGCCAAAGAGCCCUACUCAUUGGAAACUCGUCUGGAGGAGUGCGGCAUGAGAAGAGGGGACAAGGGAAUGAAGGCGGUGCUGGAGAACAUCGAUGUGGUCUGUGCCACCUGCAUCGGAUGUGGCAUGGGUCCUUUGGAUUCCCGCACCUUUCCCUUCAUCGUCAUCGAUGAAGCAGCUCAGGUCAUCGAGCCUGCCGUAAUUCUGCCGCUGGGCAAAGGAGCUGUGCAAGCCGUGAUGGUGGGAGAUCAGUGUCAGCUGCCAGCAACGGUGUUGAGCCAGGAAGCCCAAACGAAAGGUUUGGACAUCUCCAUGUUCGACCGACUGCUGUCGAUGGGCAUGGAAUACACCCUCCUCACCGACCAGUACCGAAUGCAUCCCUCCAUCAGCGCCUUCCCAUCCUGGCGCUUCUACCGUGGGGAGCUGAAAAACGCCGUGACCGACGCGGAUCGGCCCAUGCCCCAAGGUUUGCCGUUCCGAUCCUCGCUGGUCUUCCUCCAUGUGGAUGCCAUUGAAAGCUCAGGUGGAGCAUCCAAAAAGAACGAAGGUGAGGCCGACUGUGCAGCCUGGAUCGUGGAACAGGUGAUGCAAUCUGGUAUCCGACCAGAGAGCAUUGGCAUCAUCUCGCCCUAUGGGGCUCAGGUGAAGUUGAUCCAACGAAGCUUGCCCUACAACGCGCAGAUGUCCGUGCAAGUGAGCACCGUCGAUGCGUUCCAAGGCAGCGAGCGCGAGGUGAUCAUUCUGAGUUUGGUCCGCGCCAACCGCCGCGGCGACGUAGGCUUCGUGGCGGACUGGCGGCGGCUGAACGUGGCACUGAGCCGCGCACGGCGGCUCUGUGUGGUGGUGGGUAACAUUCCCACCUGGCUCAGUUCGCAGAGCGCCUUGAUCCGCGACUGGUUGGGCUUCCACCAAGUGGGCAAAGCCGACGUGCGCGCCUUCCGAGGCUAUGUGACAGAUCUGCCUAUGGACGUGGCGGCCAAGGUCAACGCGCUGCGUCAAGACUUCCUCACCACCAACCCGGCGCCCGCCAAGCUCUCGCGCGCCGAGAAGGCGGCGCGUAACGUCUCGGCGGCCGGGAAGAAGGCGCGGGAGAUCACGCAGGCCCUGGAGGAUGCCAUCAAGGCAGAGGAUGAAGCUGUGCUGAAGAGCGUCAUCUCUCAGGCCAAGGAGGCGGGUAUCGAGAAGUCCAUCAUCGACGAGGCGGAGACCACCUUGGAGUCCCUGUCGGCCUCGAAGAAGUUGCAGCAGGCCAUGAAGAGCCGAGACCCCACCGCCUUGGUGCAGGCCAUCAUCCAAGCCAAGAUGACGGGAGUGGACGACGACAAGAUCGACAAAGCAGAGGCCUUGAUGAACGAGUUGGUGGUUCCCUCCGAGGAGCACGGCCGCUCCUUCUACGCGCCUGCGCCCAAGGCCGCGGAGAAGGCCGAGGAAGUGGAGGAGAAGCCAAAGAAGAAGCCCAAGGGAAAGAGCUGGGCGGGGCUGUUGAACACUGGCCCAAAAUAUGCUGGCCGCCAUCGCAACGAUGAUGAGGAUGAGCCGUCGCCACCACCACCAGAGCCUGAGAAGAUCGAAGAAAAAGCGCCAGAGGUCGAAGAACCCAAGGGCAAGGGCAAAGGUGAGAAGGGCAAAGGCAAGGGCAAGGGCAAAUCGGAACCGGAGAAACCGUACCUCCUGGUGGACCCGGAUCUGGGUGCUGGGGUGGAGCUGACCCCGACCUGCUGGGGGAUGCACGUGGAUCUGGUGGAAGAGAAGCCCGGGCAGCCGCACCUCACGGCGGGCUGUACCAUUACGGCCAUUGAUGGACACAACCUGCUGGGAUUGGCCAAUGAGGACGCCGUGGCGGACACCUUUGGGGAACACUUCAAGAACCAGGCGCUCAUCGACGUAGACCCUGCCACCUUCGAGACCCUGGAACUGCCACAUGAGGCGUCCACCUGGCCGCUGAGCUUCCACGACGACUUGGAGCAGUUGGCCAAUAAGUUUGCCAUCGACUGCAGCAUCUCCAAGCUGGGUCUCGAGUUGGCGGGCCCGUCGGUGGCCAUGGAACCGGCCAAGAUGGAAAUGCAGCAGCUGCUGGAGUUCUACCUGAAAGGUCAAUCUGCGGAGCAGCAGCAGAUCGAAGUGGAUCAGGAGGCGAUGAAGAUGGCCAUCCGUCACAACCAAGAGCGACAGCAGCGCGAAGCCGCAGAAUGGGCGGCCUGGCAAGCCUAUGUGCUGCAGAUGCAGGAGACCUACACAGCGUAUGCGAUAGCUGCACAGCAAGCUUACGAGCAACAGGUGAUGCAGCAGAUGGCAAUGCAACAACAGGCCAUGAUGCAGAUGCAGCAACAGUCCAUGUAUCAAGCACCGCAGAUGAUGGGCCAAAUGGGCCAAAUGGGCCAAAUGGGCCAGAUGGGGCAGAUGGGACAGAUGGGACAGAUGGGGCAGAUGGGCAUGCAAAUGGGCAUGGGCCAGAUGGCUCCUAUGCAAAGCCCUUGGGUGAUGUACUACAAUCAGCAAGGACAGCCCUACUACUACAAUGAGCAAACAGGUGAACAAGUGUGGCAACUUCCGCCGGGUGCCAUCUGCAGCCGGCAGGGCAAUGCUGGUGGAUACAACAUGUAUGGCCAGGGGAUGAAUCAGAUGUGGGGCAACCAGAUGGGUAACCAGAUGCAACAAAUGCCAUAUGGCUACCAGCAGACCUGGUAUGGCUAGAGAUAUCUGGAAGAGUUCAGAGGGCUUGUCUUUCAAAGCACACGCGGCGCUCGCGUGCGCAGCCCACCGUGUUCUACACAGCUUGUGCUGACGCGAGACGCGAGCUUUGGGUUCAGACGUUUGGUGAUUCAGUUGCGAAGGGGAAUGUGAUCUCCAC